AUGCGUACAAAAAAAAAGAAGAGAGAAAACUAUCACGCCAAAAAAAGACUGAUUAAAGAUUUAAACCCUAAAGAGAGAUAUAACGCGAGAGUGAUUUGGAGAUUAAGAAAAAAGACUCAAAGAGAACGAGCGCGAAAUCUUAAUAGAGUUCUUGAUGUAAAGCCACCUAGCUCUCCACGAUUACAAGAGGAUAAUUUGCAAAAUAAUGUUGUACAGAAUAAAAAUGAUGAUAUUGAUCGAGAACAAAAUUUGUGCGCUUCCCCUACAGUUAGCGAAGCGUCAAAAAGAGGAAGAAAGAAAGUAAAAAGGGACAGAUCUAAAAUUUAUCGGGAAAACAUUAUAUUAAGGAAAGAAAACCAAAAACUCAAGCAAAAAUAUGAAAAGUACAAAAAGAAAUUACAGAGAACAACGAAAACACUCGAAAAGAAGGAAAAGAAAACUACUGAGAAGGAGAAAUAUGAGACUCUAAUCACCUGGAAUUUCUUUGAGGCCGGCCACGGCAAAGGCCCUGCCGAUGUAAUCGGAGGUUUUCUUAAAAGAAAAGCAGAUGAAAUUGUGGCAGCCGGAACAGAUGUUCCAAAAGCAGAAAAGUUUUUUGAGGUUUUGAAAGGUAAAAGUAAGAUUCAACUUUACAUGGUUAUUCAGGAAACUAUAGAAGCUACUGGAGAACAGCUACCUAAAAACAUCAAACCUCUUCAAGGUACAUUACAGGUGCAUCAAAUCUUCACGGAGAUUUGUGGCGAGUUGAAAUAUAGGACCUUGGGAUGUUUUUGCAACAGAAGUUUUUGUGGAUGCUUGCAGCCUAAAAUCUAUCGACCUUUAAAAGACUCUCUUCAUAAUAUUCUAGAUAUGAAUGUGGAUGAGAUUGAUACUGAUAUGUCAGACUCCGGUUCUGAUAAUAUACCUUUGAGCAGACUACAACAUGAGAAUGAAAUCAAUGUCCCCGAUUUAUUUCAGCCUCGCAAACAAACAGUUUACGAUUUAAUUUACUCGCCAAAAGAUUAUGAUAAUGAACCUGAUAAUGAUACAAACAGGUUCCUCUGGGAAUAG